AAAACCACCAUCCUUCCAUCAUCAACUCUUCCCUUAAAUGACCCACGCAUCUCAACGUAGAUAGCCAUUCUACAAGAAAAAGUCCCACCCAAUCAUGCCCACCGCUCGCGAUACCGGCGCCAAGCUGCCGCCGGAGCAAACGGCCCUGCUGGCCGGCCACGAGCCGCUCCUCGGCGAUGCUUCGCCCGGAAGAUGGACGGACGCCGGUAUGGCGCCGGAUAGCCGGGAAGAAUCCUCGCGGAGACAGACGGCGGAGGGAGGAGUAGCUCUGGAUGGAUCGAACCACGAGGUGGGCUUUGCUCGGGGCGUGGCUAUUGGCAUCAGCUUGUUUGUGCUCAUCUUCAUCCACUCAACAAACAUGUCCGGCCUCACCAUGAUCCAAGGCCCCCUCGCCAUCGACCUCCACGCCCCCACCCUCGCCAUGUGGUUCACCACCAGCUACUUCAUCUCCGCCUCCUCCCUCCUCCCCGUCAUCGGCCGCCUCGCCGCAAUCUUCUCCCCCCGAGCCGUCGUCCUUCCUUGCGUCGCGCUCUUCGCCCUCGGCAGCCUCUUCGCCUCCCAGGCGCACUCCUUCGCGGCCUUUGUGGCCGGCAGGAUCGUCAUGGGCGGAGGGGGCGCGGGCAUCGUCGUCAUGGCCGUGGUUUUCGUGAUUGAGCUCACUGACAAGAAGACGAGGGGCGUCAUGAUUGGGUUUGUGAACGCGGCGUUUACCAUGGGCGUGUCUGUGGGUGCGGCGGUAUACGGCGUGUUGCACCCCGUUGUUGGAUGGAGGCCCCUCUUCUGGUUCCAAACCCCCCUCGCCAUCAUCGCCGGCAUUGCCCUCUAUCUCAGCCUCCCACCCUCCAUGUCAUCCCCCCCAGCACAACAAAACGGCAAACCCAUCCCCCUGAGCCGCAAACUCGCCAGCAUAGACUACCUCGGCGCAAUCCUCCUCGUAAGUUCCCCCUUUCAUCCCUCAACCAAACACAAAACUAACACAUCUCAGACCCUCACAAUCAUCCUCUUCCUCUACUCCCUCGCAGGCGACAUCCACCCAACCCCCCUCAUCCUCUCCCUCUUCUCCCUCAUCGCCUUCGUCACCACAGAGUUCCGCCUCGCAACCAACCCCAUCAUCCCCCUAUCCGUCCUCUCCUCCCGCGGCGUCCUGCUCUCCUGCCUCGCCCAGCUCGGCCUCAUCACCGCCCGCUGGAGCAUCCUCUUCUACACCCCCGUCUUCAUGCUCGCCGUCCGCGCCAGCCCUCCCGCCACCGCCGGCGCAGUCCUCAUCUUCACAAACCUCGGCUUCUCCCUCGGCGGCCUCGCCAUCGGCUACUUGCACAUCCGCCGCGCGGGAUCCUACUACGCCGCCCAACUCCUCUCCCUCCUCUUCUCCUUUAUAACAAUCACCUUCCUGGCCGUGAUAUCCCACCCGACCACCCCGUCCCUCGUCUUCAUCGCCAUCGUCACCCUCAACGGCGUAGCAACCGGCAUCGCCCUCAACUACGCCCUCGUCCACAUCCUCCACCUCAGCCACCCCAGCACCGAAUACGUCACCACCAGCCUGCUCGCCACCUUCCGCGGCUUCGGCGGCAGCUUCGGCACCUCCCUCGCCGGCGGCAUCUUCUACCGCGUCCUGCGCGACCGCCUCGUCAACGGCUUCCUGCGCCUCGACGGCACCCCCGAGCUCGGCCCGGCCCGCAGGAAGCUCGUCGACCGCCUGCUCGGGUCGCCCGAUCUCGUGUGGUACGGCGACGACGUGCUGGCGCCACGGGAGAGGCACGUUGCCGUCGACGGAUAUGCGACUGCCAUCAAGGGCGUGUGGCAAGCCGCUGCCGUCUUGGCAUUGGUCGUGAUUGUGGUACAGGCUGCCGCUGGGUGGACGUCACCCAGAGAGGAGGCAGAAGGCAGGCUUCACGAAGACGAAGAGUGAUGUACAUAUGCUAUGAAAUUCUUGUAUAUAUAUAUGUGUGUGUGUUAAUCCAUUUUGAGUCGACUCUCUAGGCCGUUUACCUAUCCGUAAUGUAAUGCACAAUAAAAGACUCUGUUAGGCAAUCUAAUUCCAAGUUAUGCUGGC